GGCUGUGAAACCUUCUCUGCUUGGUCAGCUGAUGCGAAUUCACGUCGUCACACCAAAGGCUCCUGUUUACGUUGUGGUGAACCCACAUAUUCAGCCCCAGCUUACCACGCCGCUGUUUUUCCACUGCGGUCACGAAGUGAAGCUAACGCCUGCCAAGUACUGGACGAUGCGCCUACCGUUCGUCUACUACGGUCCAAAUGGAGUAAUCUUGUCUCCGAGAGAAGGCAAUUCGCCCAUUGGUCGAAGUGAAUUUUUUAUCACGUAUUCCGGCUGCUUGGCAGCCAUGACCAUGCAGGUUUUUGGAAAAAGUUCCGAGAAAGAGCGUCUUUUUUCAAACGAAGAGCCUUUGCUUUUCGAUUACAAUGAUUUUCUGCAAGCUUUUGGAGUCAUCGAGUUCUUGACCUUGAACUGAAU